UAUUUUUUCUGAUUUCUGGACUACAAGUACAUCGUCCAGUCGGUAGUACUGAUUAUAAUAGAACUGAGAGAGAAAAUGGAUACUUUAUUAUUCAUUGUGGUAGUUUUAUGUAUUCAAGGGGUAUUUCCCGACGAUACAAUUGUAACUUUACCGAAUGGAAGAAUCCAGGGAAUCGUGGACAAAACAUUUAGACAUGGGAAGACAUUCUAUGGAUUCUUGGGAAUUCCAUUUGCCGCUCCACCUGUUGGAAACUUGAGGUUUAAACCACCUCAACCCGUCAGGAAUUGGACUGGGGUUCUACAAACAAAACAGCUGACGAAAACAUGCUACCAGGUGCAGAAACAGGUCUCAACUGAAAGUGAAGAUUGUUUAUACCUUGAUGUUUUCACUCCAGUGAAACCUGGCAGUUCCGCUCAGUUAUCUGUUAUGGUUGACAUUUACGGAGGUGCUUUUAUCCAUGGAGGAGCCAUAAUGGGGGAUUUGAAGCCACAAAAUUUUCUUGAGAAAGAUAUCGUUGUAGUUUCUUUCAACUACAGAAUUGGACCAUUCGGUUUUCUGUCAACUGGAGACACGGUUAUAGCUGGCAAUAUGGGCCUCAAAGAUCAACAGUUUGCUCUCAAGUGGGUUCAUGACAAUAUUCAUUUAUUUGGAGGUGAUUCAGCGAAAGUAACUAUCAUGGGACAGAGUGCUGGUGGAGCAUCUGUCACAUAUCAACUUCUGAGCCGUGGUUCAGCAGGUCUCUUCAGAGCGGCAAUUGCUCAGAGUUCUUCAGCACUAUGUAGCUAUGCUCAUCAACGUAAUCCUGCUGAUACAGCUUAUGGACUCGCUGCUGCCAUUGAUCCAAAUUUUACGAGAGAACAGUCCACAGAAGAACUUCUUGAGUUUUUAUUGAAAGUAAACUCUUCAGCCAUCGCGGCAACUGGUAAUAAAUAUCAUAAGUUCUCUCCAGUCAUUGAAGUACCUCACGAAGGAGCUUUUAUAACAGAGCCUAUGCAUGAGUUGGUAAAAGAAGGAAGAUUCAACAAAGUUCCGCUACUCAUUGGUUACUGUUCAGAAGAACAAAUCUCACAUUUAGGAGAUUUGCAAAAAUGGCAGAGAUUUGUGGAAACAUCGUAUGACGUUACUAAGAAUCUGCCAGAUAUGAACUUAAAGAAAGGAGUCGAUCCUCAGCUCGUUGGAGAAAAAAUCAAGGACAUCUACACUAAUGAGACAUUCAGUAAACAUUUGGGAAAAUCUAUUCAGUUUUCUAGUGACACCACGUAUAUCAGAGCAGUCAUAAGAUUUGCAGAACUGGCAUCCAAAUACACGGACGUCUAUUUUUACCAAUUUUCGUUUCAAGGAAAGAUUGUUGAUAACGGAUUAUCAAAUGAAGGUGUUUCUGGAGUAGGCCACGCUGAAGACAUGAAAUACCUGUGGACAUACUUUAAAAAUUUGAAUGAUUUUCCUGAAGCUGAUGUGAAAACUAUGGAUUUUUACAUAGGCCUCUUUACUAAUUUUGCUAAAUAUCUAAACCCAACGCCGAAGAAGGACGAACUGUUCAGUUUCACACUGCCAAAAAUGACACAGAAAGAAAUGUACUAUGUUGACAUUGAGAAAAAUCCGGAAGUCAAGAAAAACCCCAGGGAAUUUUCGUAUCAGAAGUGGGUUGAACUUUACGAAAAGUACGGUCAACCACCAUUCACAACAUUUUAGUAACAACUCAUGUAGUUGUAUUGAGGCUAUUUUACGGGUUCUCUAAUCAAGGUUUGCAAGUCUUUAUGCCUGACGUUUCGUCGACAACUGCGGUAAACAUUUUCAUUGUUUCAUUGUUUCUGUUGUAUCCAACGCAUUAAUUACAAUUUCCGUACUGGGUGCUUCAUUCAUAUAGUUCUAAAUUGUAUUCUUGUAUAAUUGUAUCUGCCCUGUUCGUGAACCUCUCAGGAUAGGUAGCCAACUUGUAUUAAUAUUCAUUGUCUCUACUUUUCUAUUGAAAUUAUCCCUAUCCUUUUGACUCUCUAUUGCUUCAGACCUGCAUGACAAGACCAUGAUCAGAAAACCCCGAAAAUAGCCUACAUACAGCUAUCACCAGCCGUGAAAGUGUACAUUAUUUGAUUAGCUUAUGUUGAUUUAUAUUAGAUGAUGAUUUUU